AUGGAACGUCCGCUUCCGGCAGAGAUAAGUUUCUUUGUUCCACUUUAUCAUUGGAAAUCUUUUAGGGUCGCAAGAAACCAAGAGCAAGGUGGCCAGAGCGAAAACCCUCUCAACUCGAGAUAUGACUUCGGUCUUAGGAGGUCCAGCGCGGUGUCCGCAACUGGAUCCUGGAGAGAUAGAGCUAUCGAUAUUGCAAGUGCGGAAAACGAAAGCCAGGAUGUGACGAUGGAAGAUGCAAGUCCUUCGUCCAAGAGAAAAGGCUCAGAAACAGCAGCUACUCCCCCUUCUUCAUCCAAGAAGAAGUUCCUAAACUUCAUGAACAGAGGAUCAAAGGAACCUGAUAACAAGGAUAGUCCCGAAAAGGCUCAAGAAGUUUACGAUCGAGAGUUUGCCAUGUCGAUGAUGUCGUCACAGCAGCCAGCAGUGACUUCAGCACAUCCACCUCUCAGCAGAAGUUCUACUCACCGUAGUGGAUGUCAAGGCUCCUACAUCCCAAACCACAUGGGUGAUAGAGAUGAGGAAGAAGAUGCAGAAGUUCUCAAGACAUGGUUCCCAGACCCUGAUACCGACAGGGAUCCUGUUCCGUGCCUGACAAGCUUUGAUAUCCACCUCUAUCCUGGACUGCGAACUCAACUCCAGCAAUCUGAAAGUGUGAUUCCAGCGGGUAUCCACGGCCCGGUGCUAUGCACGCGAAAGACGUUGCAAAGAGUGGGCGGUCCUGGGGAUCCCUUCGUUGAGAAGAAUAUCGGCGUCUGGGCUGAUAAGAGAAAGGUCAAUCGACAAAUUUUCCAGCCCGGUGACGUGAUCAGGGCUGCUCAUAGUGGCGCUCAAAACGAUCUCAAUUGCGAGUAUCCAGCGAGGGAUGUACGCAUCUUUCAACAUGGUGCUGUACUCUCCAAGAUUCGUCCCAUGGUGGUCCUCUACAAUACAUUUGAAGCGACGAUCUGUCUGCCGAUGUUCCAGAAUGAAUUCAUGACUGUCACCACAGCAGCCAAUCCGAAAGGCAGUGACUGGCAAGGCUCGACACCAGGGAAUGGUAAAACACUCACUUUGAUAGUGACGCCUGGUGUUGACAUGAAGCUUGAGAGCUUCAUCUACCUCGCCCUGCCAGUCAAUUUAGGUAGAUCAGAAGCUGUGAAGUACAAGCAAGGACACCUCACGAAGGAGAGCUUUGUCAGAUUGAUGGAAGCGUGUACUUUCCGCGAGAAUCAAUACAAGCAGGAGGCCUUCAAGGAGCUUGGACUGAGGUAUCAGGCCAACCCAUCGGAACUGUUGGCAGCAAACUAUGAGCAUAGUAGAAAAGACAUAACCACAGCGAAGUUGAGGCUUACGAAAAGAGUCGGGCUGACAGCGGAGGAAGUAAGAGACACGUUCAAGGUGGAUUGUUAACGUGAGGGGGAUAGGAAGAGGAAGAAGGAG